AUGUCCUUUAACAGUUACUCACAGAAAGUAAUUCUUAAAGUGCUUUAUACUUUUGAUGACCUCACCACAUUUCUUGUGCGCUCACAAAAACCGAUCGAGGCCAAACUUAUUAAAUUGCCAAACAAACCAUGUCCUGCCGAAAAUUUCUCGGAAUCUAUAAUCGGAUGUAUCGACCUGCGAAAGUGCUUUGACUUGGUGUCAUCGAGUUCUCCGGAAUGGUUUGAAAAAGGUUCAGACUUUUCUGUCUAUUCAAAAGAUGUGGUAGAGCCAGGGCAACCUUUUGUUGCCUAUGGGUUAUGGUCAAAGUUAAAAGAUAAAAAAGCGCCUGUUAUUAUUACAGGUCGUUUUUGCAAGAGUGUGGUGAACAUAUUCGCUUCCCAGGGUAAUGUUGACGUUCUUGAGGUGCGACUUAAAUUUAGCGAGCUUGAAAAUGGAAGUACAAAUGGAACGACAAGCGGUGGUCAUCCAAAGAAGCGUUGCGGUGUCUCCAAUAAUCUGAAGCAUUCAUCAUUGAUGUCAUCUAAUUCGGAUUAUCCCAGUGAAUUUAAAAAAAGAAAAACAAUACGCAAUAAUAGAGCGGCAGCGAUUAGGUCAACUCUGGAUUUCGACAGGGCCCCUUUAGCCACACGGACGCAGUCUUUACCAUUUAUAUCCGAGCAUUCGUUAGCACAUCGGAUAUUAAUAUCCGAUAUGCAAAAUGAUCAGGGUAAAGGUGCCGGAGAGGAACUUGAUGCUCGAGGAGAACCGAUUUCCAGUCGAUUUUCAAGUUUUCAGAAGUUGAUGAAGCCAAAUUCUCCUCCGACACGGGCAAAAAGGACUAAGAGUUUUAUGAGAUCUGUUGUCAAAAUUGGUGAUGUAAGUACUUUAGGGAAACCACGAAAAAAGCGUCAUCAGGUUGUCCAAAAAUGUGUCAACUGUGCAUCAACUACAAAUCCACCUUACAAAUUUCAUCGUAAUGGUAUCUACGAGUUUGGCAAUUCCGGCUUGCUAUGUAGUUCGUGUCAUAAACUCAAACAGAGUGAUGAUAUUAAAGGACUCAGAAAGCGUGGCUCGCUGGGUGCAAAAGGGCUAUUUGAUGGUCCAUAUAACAAGUUCACAACAACGACUUCUGGCACUAGUGGCAAAAGCAAACCAGGCAUAUCGCAUUCUGCAUCCGAAUUUAGGACCCGGCCCAAAGUAACGAAAAAUGUUGAACCCGAAGUCAAAUCUUCCCCUUUCUUGUAUUCUUCCCCAACGGCAACUAGUCCACCCAACCCGCACAAGUCAAAAUUUCAUAGAAUUAAAACAGAGGCAUUAGAUAGUUCAGUGAAGGACAGUCCGGACGACCUUCCUGGUUUGUCAUCAUAUCAAACGCAACUUACAGACAUCGACCCGGUCUAUCAUUCUGUACCGAAGAGCAGAUUAAAGGCAGAUAUAAUCAUGCCAUCCGAUUCAACUAGUCAUAUUGAAAUAGAAAAUGAUGUCUCAACCUGUAACUCGACUUCGGAUGAUGAUGCACCAAUAAAUGCUACAAAACUGAACACUACAUUAAUUCCGCUCGAAGAGGAUGAUGAUAAGGAAAACAUGCCACCCAACCAUGGAAAAUUGACGCAAGCUACACCAAAAGCAAAACAAGCUAUAACCUGUCCUGAAGGAGAAGCACAGCUUUCUCCGAGCCUUCAGCGAAUACUUGACUCACUUUCGAAUCAAAGUGGUGGUGUGUCUCCGACGAAAAAGGAGGCAAGCAAUGAAUGGGUGAAUUCGUUUAUUGACUUUUUUGAUGAAGCUAAAAAUGGUGAAAUUGCAAAGUCCUUACAGAUAAGUGGUAAUGGUAUCGAUAACAUAAGUGAUUCAAACAUAGGUGAUGCAGAAGUACAAAGAGUACUUGGAAGCUCCCCAAAUGGUGUGGAUAGUUCGCCAGAAGGUGACAACACAAAAUUUGAAAAGACUCCUAAAGAUAGUGUUGAUAUUCUUCCAGCUGUGGAUGCAAAUGCUGACACGGUAAAAACGCAAGAUGAACCAGAUCUUGACAGUCCUGCGUCUAUAUUCAGUCAACUUUUAGAGGCUGCAAAGCAGCCCUCGAAAUCCGUUUUGGCCGAGCAAGGGCAAGUUAAUGGAGUAGUUAACUCUACUUUGUCAAGUCCUCCUCAAACGGCCAGAGUUUGUGGCAGUAAUGCUGACAGUGAUAGUAUAGUAUCUUGCGAAAUUGGGGAGACAAGAAAAGCGGUUAGUCUAGAUGAAGCAUGCAAUAUCAGAUCUGAACAUCAAAAGGCUCCCGAUGAUGGUUCCCAUCAUGGCCUCGUUAUGCCAAGUUCACCAUAUUUCGUUAAUCAAAUUGAUACAUCCUCUCGGUGUGACACUGACAGUUCGCGUAUUGAUAAAUUCAGUUCCAUGACAAACUUGCCGACGGUCUCGUCUCCGGUCACGGAUCUAUCGUCAACGAUAAGCAGCAUGAAAUAG